AUGUGUCUCUUCGAGGCGAAUUGUUUCUCGGCUGUCACUUCGUUUUCUUUCGUCUCCACUUCCCCCCCCCCCCCUCCCCCGUCACUUGUAAUCGUGCAACUCGCGAAUUUUUCCUCUGAUUCUCCUCAAGGAUUUGCGCAUGCAGCGGCGGCCUCGAGGGUCGCAGAGAGCUCGACGAGAAGCGAGGAGCCCAAAGCGAAGGAAGGCGACAUUCUCGCUCUCGUCAAAAAACUGCGAGCGCGUACCGGCGGGGUCAGCAUUGGAGAGUGCCGCAAAGCUCUCGAAGAAUCCAAUAUGGAUCUAGAAGAAGCAGCGGUGAAUCUCCGAAAGCGAGGCAUUGCUCGUGCCUCCAGGAGAGCCGACCGGGUGGCAGCUGAGGGCGUGAUCGCGGCUGUGUGUCUCCCGGCGGCUCGGCAGUCAGGCGCGGCCUCUGGAGAGACGGAGGGACAGGCGUCCAACAGCGGAGGAGGGAAGACGGUCUGUCUCCUCGAACUGAACUCGGAGACAGACUUCGUCGCGAAGAACGCGCGCUUUGUUGCCCUUGCCCGAGCCGCCGCCACUGCGGCGGUGCAGGCCGCCGAAGAGGCAAGGAGACAGGAGACAGGCGAGGCCCUGUCGAGCGAGCAGGGGGAGCGUAUCUCGCGUGCAGCCUUGAUCGAAGCCGCGCAGGCGUCUCUGGUGGAUCCGCAGGAGUUCCGAGAGGCAGGCCUCGACGGCUUGUUCCAACCAGAGACGAGAAGAUCUAUUCCUGCGGUACCUCCGCCCGGAGGCGAGAGCGAGGCCGGCGGGUCGAGCACUCUGGGCGACAUGAUGGCUUUGCUGUCUCAGCAGUUUGGAGAGAAACUCCAGAUUUCCAGCAUUGAACAUGUUUCACUUCCCCUCUCUCCCUCGCCUGCCUCCGUUCACCAGGCUGUGGGGUGGUACGUACACGGGCAAGUCGCCGAAGGUGUGGGGCGCGCGGCGGCCACAGUCGUUCUGGAGUGGAGGGAGAAGGGAGACCUCGGAGACAGCUCGCCAGCCGGUCGGGAGGAACCAGGUCCCGACACAGGCCGAAGACUCGAGAUCCUUGCCAAGCUUCUCGCCAUGCAGGCCGUGGCAACCCGCCCACGGUUCUUGAAGCUGUCCGACAUCACGCCAACCGAAAUGGAGACAGAGAGACAGAUCUUGCGGGCCUCCGUCGCUCAGCAGUUCCCCUCCAGUCCUGACAAGGUCGACAAGGUCGUCGAAAGUCGUUUGAAGGCGCAGCUCCGCGAGCAAACAUUCGUCGAGCAAGAUUUCCUUCUGGCUUCCCAGAUGGCUACAGUGCUCGCCGACGGCCCAAGGGACAACGUGAGUUCUGAAGGAGACAGCGCCGGUGGAGCCCAAAAGGAGAACAAGUGUGAACGUGAAGUAGUGACGGUUAAGGAAGCGCUCAGACGGGUGGCACAGGCGCUGCAGUGUGGCGACAUUGAUGUCAGAGACUUGCGGCUGCUGGGUAUUGGCAGCUAACUGCAGUCAUUUUAUUUAGACGCGUCGUCACCUUUCCGCUCAACAAAUCAGGUGUCUAGGUUCCCGGUUUCUCGAAGAAUGCAGACAGGAGAUUUCAUGUCUCAUAGCAUAAGAGCGGUUUGCCUUAUUUGUGUCUUCACUGAGUCGAGAAUCAAGGGGAACAAGGCGAGACACGGCAGGGGACCUCCGGCUCCUCUUCUCAGUUUGCCGUUUCACGCCCUUCUCGUACUCGAGAGCUCAGGUAGAACAGCCGUCACAUUGAUGAGAGUCGGAGACUUUCAGAACGCAAAAAAUCUGUAGACAGACCGGGAACCGUUCCGGGACCCCUCGCUGUUUCUCACUCAGGCACGCUUAGAAAAUGCCCGAAAGCCGCUGGUUGCCUCCCUCACACUUCGCCUUGCUCGAAGCUUACGCAGGCGCCUCUCACACUCUUCUAGACGUCUGACUGUAGGCAGGGUUCGAUACGAAAAUGUUUCUGUGCG